CUCCUGAUAACCAGACACUCCUCCGGUCUACUACACCGUCUCUGCUGUGCCACGCUAGCCGCAGCUGCGUCCUCUCGCCCGGUCAGCCGUCAGCUUCAUCACCCUCCUCCGGCUGCGGUUCGACAUCAUGCUAAUCUGUCGACGUAAUGUAUCCAACAUCACAUGGAUGAAAGAGCUCAUUUGCUGAUGUCAAGAUGAUGCCAUCAUCGCAGGUGUGACUACAUAAGUGUGAAACAGGGCCUGAUCAUGGGAGACAGAAGAAAGUCACCAUGUGCCGAAAUCCGUCCAAAUAUGCCCUCAUCUUCCUCUUCCUAGCCCUGUCUGGCCUCAUCUUCCUGCUACGCAACAUCCACACUGUGGAGAACUGGAACUGCCAAACUGCUUCAGCCCUCUACCAGCUCCAGAACAGGAUCCAGUCAUCCUUCAUCCCAGAACAUCUCCCAACAUUUCAUCACAAUCACACCUUCUGUGCUCAUCUGGGCCAGAAACCCUCCCCUGAAGAUGAACUGGAAGAGCGCUACCUUUUGGACUUUAUCGCUUGGCCUGGGCCUCCGCCUCGCUCUACAGCAAACUCUGUGCGCCAGACAAGUGACCCUGUGCACAGCCUGUUUGCCAUCCUCCCAAAUAAGGGAGAAAGGGAGUGGCAUGUGGACGACCAACUGGAGGUCCUGGUCCAGAUGCAUGACUUCCAGGGUCGCCCCAAGCGCUACGGCGGAGAUUUCCUUUUGGCCAGACUGCACUCCCCAGAGCUUGGAGCAGGUGUAGCAGGUAAAGUGCUGGACCACAGGAAUGGAUUUUAUUCUGCCAUGUUCCCGCUCCUCUGGGAGGGGUCUGCACAGGUUGAGAUAACGUUGGUGCACUCGAGUGAGGCAGUUUCUGUGCUGCGACGACUUAGGGAGGAACGGCCUGAUCGAGUGUUUUUCAAGAGCCUAUUCCGCCUUGGCUUCCUGUCUGAAACAACUGUGUGCAACAUGUGCCUCCCCCCUGACCAGCAGCCUCUCUGCAACUACACAGACCUUUAUACCGGAGAGCCCUGGUACUGCUACAAGCCCAAAAUGCUCAGCUGUGACACCAGAAUUAACCACGCCAAAGGAGGCUAUCUGAAACACCUCAUCACCAACAAAGAAGCAAUGCUCUUCCAAAGUGGCGUAAACAUUAAAGUCCGCAUACACGCUUCAGGAUCCGACAGAAUCAAUGUGCUGCCUCCCAGGAAAGAUAAAGUAGAGCUAGAAAGCAGCAGUAUAAAACCAGAACCUAUUAAGCUAGCCACGUCUGGAUAUUACUACGAGGACUCAUGGAGGCCAUUAAAUGGCGUUACAAUGCGCCAGUUCAAUGAAUCAUCUGCCAUCACUCAGUGUUUGAAGAACAAGGUGAUCAACAUGUACGGAGACUCAACCGUCCGGCAGUGGUUUGAGUACCUCAUUGCUUUAGUACCAGGUUUAAAGGAGUUCAAUCUGCACAGUCCUAAAAACGUUGGGCCUUUCAUGGCGGUGGACAGCACCCAUAAUAUUCUAUUGAAGUACCGCUGCCACGGCCCUCCUAUCCGCUUCUCCACGGUCAUGUCCAGAGAGCUGCGGUAUGUUUCAAACGAGCUGGACGGCCUUCCUGGGGGUCCCAACACUGUUGUGGUCCUCAGCAUUUGGGCCCAUUUCAGCACCUUUCCUGUGGAGGUGUACAUACGGCGGCUCCGUCACAUCAGACGGUCACUGGUGCAGCUUCUGGACAGAGCGCCGGGGACAAUUGUUGUGAUCCGUUCUGGAAACCUCCAAGCCCUGGACCAGGAGGUGAGCCUGUACAACAGCGACUGGUACUCUCUGCAGCUUGAUGAGGUGCUCCGGUCCAUGUUCAAGGGACUGAACGUGCUGUUGGUGGACGCCUGGCAAAUGAGUUCAGCGCACCACCUCCCUCACGCUCUCCACCCUCCUCCAGUCAUAGUCAAGAACAUGAUAGACAUGCUUUUGUCUUAUGUUUGCCCGGAAAAGAAAAAGAGCAAACCAAUUUAGAAGAGCAGUGACGAUAGUGGAUCUUGUUGAAGGAAACAGUUUACUGAGUGAAUCCAAGCCAGUUCUUCAGUUCACAACAGUAAGGCCUUUUUUUUUCUUUUUUAAAGUUUUCUCCAAAGCUACACACCCUUUAAUGAGAUUUGCCUGACUUCCACUGUAGUGCUGAUCUCUGUUUACUUGCCUGUUAAACUUCAUUUUGAAUCCAACAAAACAGAACUCAGAAAAAAGCCAAAGACUUUGGCAAAGUGAUUGUUACUUUCCAUCUGAAUUUUUACACAAGCUUCCAUAUAUGGUGUUUGUAUACCGUCAGUUUGAACCUUUAUUUAUAUUUGUUUUUGUUACUUUUGCCAAAGCAGAAGUCAGAGUGGGUUUUUAAGAUUUUCCCUCAGGCUGUUGAAAAUGUGCUCUUUUGCUCUGAGGCCAUGUUGCACCAUGUUGACCACACUUUGUUCCUGGUGUCAGGAUAUUCAUAGUGACAUAUGAAUUCCAACUUUCUUGAAUUAUUUGUUUUGCAAACUACAUACAUGAACUACAUUUGCCAUUAAAUCUCAUCUAUGUGUGCA